AUGCCACCCAGCCGCGCCGUCAUCUACCCCAUCGCCAUUGCCGGCCCCAAGUCGGUCGCCGCCGAUGCCGCCGCGCUGGCCGCCCGCGAAGAGACGUUUUGGCAGCUGGUGCGACGCGUCCUGCGCCAGGUCGACGACGGCUACACCACCGAGGCCACGGCUGUGAACGCCGUGCGCGAGGCGGCCGAGACGUACAAGGUUGCGUUCCCCGAUGACGCGGAGCGCUUUGCGAGGGAGGAGGGUGGGCAGACUGCUCCUUCCGAACGCAAUCCCAGAGGACCUUCGCAUGUGCACGUGAGGCGCAAGGCUUCCAUCACACGCCCUCUUUGCAGGAAGUCGCAGGAGCUUCGCAGCCUGUGGCAUAUUCCUCUUCCGCAGAUCUCGGCGCAGGGCUCCGUGUCAACCAUGGCGUCGACCACCAACGAUGGAGGCGAGAUGACGGCCGUUUCUGCGCCGACCGAUAAAGCCAUCGUCACCUCUUCCGGAACCAAAACCUUUCACCUCCCGACCGAACAAACUCGCGACAUUCCAUCUCGGCGUCCCAGGGAGAUCUUCGACUUCAUGGCACUCACUGGCGAACUCCGCAACGCCAUCUACCAGGCCGUCAUCGAUACCAUGGCGACAACGCCCGACAACCCUAUCGCACUAAUUCCGGAGACUAAUUGUAUUAGAAGGUAUGAUUUCUGGUUGAAAAAAGAUACCGACUGUUAUCGCAAAAUCAGCGGCUACUGGAGUGACGAUGAAGACUUGGAUCGUAUUCCCAUGGAAGAGCUAGUUGAGAUCGGGCGCAUCUCGAAGCUGAGGAUGAACUUGGCCACCUGCCGCCUAGGAGAGGUUUCGCGCCAAAUUCGAUCCGAGUUCGUGCCCAUGCUCUUGGGUAGCUUGCACUUCCGCAUCUGCGCGUGCCUGUGGGGCGACCCAGGCUCUCAAUCAAUUAUCCAAGCACCUGUUCACCAGCUUUCCGGCAUGAUCCAUCAUCUCGAUUACUACACGCAUCUCUUACCUCCGCAAAAACCGAGUCUUCGUGAGCUUUCCGACCUCUUGGACGCCCUGUUGAGUAUUCGCUUCAAUGGAGAACUCAAAAUUGUCGGUUUCUACGAUGAGACGUCUCUGGUCCUGGAUUGCUUCGAUACUUUCUGCGCAAGUGUGCGUGAGGGUGAAAGUAGGACCAGAGCUUACAAGAAGGCUUUUGAGGUGGUGCUCCGACGCCAUGAGCUCUUUGGUGGGCUGAGCAUCCCGUUGGGUCACUGCGAGCAGACCUUGGCCUUUCGUUUCGAUUGCAACGAGUUCUUGGACGAAUAUGUGCAGACUCAAACGAUUGGUCCAGCUUCUUCCCAUAGACGCUCAGCAAGUUCUCCACUAUAG